UCUGUGCAACCGCUCCCGAGGUACACACACAUUAUAUAUAAUUAGACUGCUGGAUAGUGUGUCCGCUGAAACUUGAAUUUUGUUUCGCGUUGUUGUAGAUCCUAAAAGAAUUCUGUCAUACACGCAAUAUUAAUAUAAAUUAAAGAGCAGCAUAAAUUCCUUAAAGACGGUGAAUAAGUUGUAUUGAAGCAUCGAUAUUGUGAUAUCAAGAAUAUAUGGCGGAAGAUGAUAAGUAUGUCAAAGAUGGAACAGUGGACUACAGAAACAAUCCAGCAAUCAAGAAGGAAACUGGAACUUGGAGAGCUUGCCCCUACAUCCUUGGAAAUGAAUGCUGUGAGAGGUUGGCAUAUUAUGGAAUUAAUACGAAUCUAGUGAACUAUCUCAAGUUUCAAAUGAACGAGAGUAGUGUUGUGGCUGUUAAUAAUGUCACAAAUUGGUCAGGGACGUGCUAUGUCACACCAUUGCUUGGUGCAUUUCUAGCUGAUGCCUAUUUGGGAAGAUAUUGGACAAUUGCUGCCUUCUCAAUCAUCUAUGUCUUUGGGAUGACUGUAUUGACAUUAUCAGCAUCAGUGCAUGGACUAAAGCCACCUUGUGAUGAUCAGAACAACACUUGUCAUCCUAAAGGGAUUCAGAUUGGAAUGUUCUACUUAGGACUUUAUCUAAUAGCUCUUGGUACAGGUGGGAUUAAGCCAUGUGUUUCAUCAUUUGGGGCAGAUCAAUUUGAUGAUUCUGAAGAAACUGAGAAGAAGAAAAAGAGUUCUUUCUUCAAUUGGUUCUAUUUUUCAAUUAACAUAGGUGCACUUGUUGCUUCCACUGUUCUUGUUUGGAUACAAACAAAUGUUGGUUGGGGUUGGGGUUUUGGUAUCCCUGCUGUGGCAAUGGCUGUUGCUGUUGUAAGUUUUUUCUCAGGAACAAGAUUAUAUAGGAAUCAGAAACCUGGUGGAAGUCCACUUACUAGGAUUUUUCAAGUGAUUGUUGCCUCUUUUAGGAAAUUUAAAGUGAAGAUUCCUAGAGAUAGUUCUCUUUUGUAUGAAACUGCUGAUGAAGAAUCUGCUGUCCAAGGUAGCAGGAAGCUUGAUCACACUGAACAAUUGAGUUUCUUUGAUAAGGCAGCAGUGGAGACACAAUCAGACAAAAUCAAAGGCUCAGUUAAUCCAUGGAGCCUUUGCACUGUGACACAAGUUGAAGAACUGAAAUCAAUUAUCAGAUUGUUGCCUAUAUGGGCAACUGGUAUCAUCUUUAGCAGUGUGUAUAGUCAAAUGGGAACCUUAUUUGUCCUUCAAGGCAACACAAUGGAUCUUCACAUGACCAAUUCCUUUGAAAUUCCUUCAGCUUCUCUUUCCCUUUUCGAUACGAUUAGUGUCAUUUUCUGGGUACCUGUCUAUGAUCGUGUCAUCGUUGCAUUGGCAAGAAAAUUCACCGGUCACAAGAAUGGUUUCACACAGCUUCAGAGGAUAGCAAUUGGACUAGUCAUUUCAAUAUUUGCAAUGCUGAUUGCUGGAACACUGGAAAUGGUAAGACUAAGAACUGUAAGAGAACAUAAUUACUAUGAGAUGAAGCAUAUUCCUAUGUCAAUUUUCUGGCAAGUUCCUCAGUAUUUUGUCAUAGGUUGUGCUGAAGUUUUUACCUUCAUCGGGCAAUUGGAGUUUUUCUAUGAACAAGCUCCUGACGCGAUGAGAAGUUUAUGUUCUGCUCUUUCUCUUAUAACGACCGCGCUUGGAAACUAUUUGAGUACAUUUUUGGUCAAUAUAGUUACAGAUAUGAGCACUAGGAUUGGUGGUCCUGGUUGGAUUCCUGAUAAUUUGAACUAUGGUCACCUUCACUAUUUCUUCUGGCUUUUGGCUGUGUUAAGUGUGCUCAAUUUUGGUUUCUUUCUAUUUGUUGCAAAAUUUUAUACUUAUAAGAAGGCAAUAGGUCCAUCCUCAUAAUUUAUUCCAAUUUGUAACAGUGUUAUGAGAAUGGUUCUCCCAACACCCUCAUAAUUAGUUUCCCUCUG